GCUGCUGCCGGCGGAGGCCGGCGCCUCAGCCCGCGCGCCUUGUGAGAAGCGCCCCCGCCACGCCUGCCUGCGCUUGCCGCGAAAACAGCGUUUCCUUCGGACCCUUGCACAUUGCCAGCUGUAUGAUGAAUCCCAGUAUGAAGCAGAAACCAGAGGGAGUCCAAGAGAAUGUGAAGAAUAGUCCUGUUCCAAGAAGAACUCUGAAGAUGAUUCAGCCUUCUGCAGCUGGAUCUCUUGUUGGAAGAGAAAAUGAGUUGCCUAAAGGCUUAUCUAAAAGGAAACAUUGGAAUGACCAGUUAACAUCCAAGACUUCCAGCUCUGGAGGUGUUAUUGACCCAGAACCAAGUGAAAAUAAAAGUCUGGGAGGAGUCACCCAAGAAGCAUUUGAUCUUAUGAUUAAAGAAAACCCAUCCUCUCAGUAUUGGAAAGAAGUGGCAGAAAAACGGAGAAAAGCUCUCUAUGAAGCACUUAAAGAAAACGAGAAACUUCAUAAAGAAAUCGAACAAAAGGACAAUGAAAUUGCCCAACUGAAAAAGGAGAAUAAAGCAUUGGCAGAAGUAGCAGAGCAUGUACAGUAUAUGGCAGAGUUAAUAGAGAGACUGAGUAAUGAACCUCUGGAUAACUUUGAAUCACCGGACAGUCAGGAAUUUGAUUCAGAAGAGGAAACUGGUGAGAUUUCUGAAGUAGAAGACUCAGAAACUCCUGGCGCAUGUACUGAAGGAGCUGCACCUUCCUCUACAGAUGCAGAACCAUGAGAUGAUAUUCAGUAACAUUUGAUUGUUGAGAAAUAUGCUGCCAAAGUUUACCUCACUAUAGUUCUUUGUAGCAGAGUUACUACAUAAUUCAAAAGCUAGAAUCAAACUUCCAUGUUUGAAUCCUGGGACACUAUUAUUGUAUUAAAUACAAAUACUGUGUAUUUUUAAUCUAUGAUAUUUUAUGUAAUUAGCACAUCAUUUUCUCAGUUGUCAGAUAUGACCUGUGUAUAUAUGAUAAAUAAACUUUGGUUUCCUAUUGAA